AUGGGCGGUGUCGCAUCUAUACCGACGGAUCCGUCGCGGAAGGUUGAGGUGAUCUCAGCAGGGUACUCGCGAACAGGAACAGUGUCGAUGUCUCUUGCACUGGCAAAAUUGCUUGAUGGGCCGGUGCUUCACGGUGGCACACAAAUCUUGGUGCGGGAUGAUGAUUACUGUAAAACGUGGAUUAAAGCAUACGAGGCCAGAAAUGCGGGCGAUAAAGAGCAGACUUUGAAGUAUGUCCGAGAGGCCACCGCGGGCUUCGUGGCAACCGCAGAUCUGCCGCCAUCCGACUUCAUGGCCGAGAUGAUGGAAUUGUAUCCCGAGGCCAAAGUUGUGCUGGUUCGCAGGGAUCCGCAGAAGUGGUGGAAUAGUAUAGCGGCCCUGACCAGCCGGACCACCCCGUGGUGGCUUGGUAUUGCAAUGGCGCCCAUCCCGGGAUGGAGACAUCUACCCACGUUUGCAAAAGAAUACAGCCGUUCGACCUUGUUGCUCGCAGGCUUAACGGAGAAGACUGCUAGCCCAGCCCACAAUGAGAAAGUGCGGUCCCUUGUUCCGAAGGGACAACUGUUGGAAAUGGACUUGAGCGAGGGCUGGGAGCCUCUAUGUCGAUUCUUGGGUGUGCCGGUGCCCGAUGAACCAUUUCCAAGAGCAAACGACGCUAAAGCGGCAGACGAAUAUGCUACCAAGGUUUUGCUUAAAGUCUUGGGGGUUUGGGUCGGUAUCUUUGUUACGGCAGGGAUUACCAUUUACUCUGGGCUCUCGUUGUGGAGGGCUAAGAUAUUUCAAUGA